UUCUUUAUUUCAUUUUCUGGUGGUGACAGUUGUGUUUAAACUAAACAGAUGUGGGUUCAACAAAAACUAAAGCUGAUCAGAAAAUUCAGAAAGUCGAGCAAAUUGAGAGCAUACGCGGUGGGGAAAAAAAUAAGUUAAGACUAACAGUUGAGAAUAAUCUCUUUUACAAAGCAAACCAGGGAAACUCUGAUAAACUCAGACAUAAUGAAGAACAGAAGCAAAGCAGGUCUCGAGGGGAGGAUAGGAGCUCAGGAAAGUUGAUAACGAAUGACCACAGAAUAGACGAGACAGAAGUUGGACUGCUGAAUGAGUUUGAAAACCAGAUUCCAAGGACACUCCAUAUGGAGAGCAUCACAACACAAAAAAUUAGUGUUGAUGGCAUAAUGGGUAACACAAAAGUUGACCAACUGAGCCAAGAUCAAGAAGGAAAUAACUUUGCUAAAAUGAUGGAGGUAGGCUUAAUUCCAGCAACUAUCAGUGCAAUGAUAGAUCAAACAGAAGUUGAUCAGCCGGUCCAUGAUAAAACUCAAACACAGAGAAGCUUUCAUGAGAACUUACAGGAUGGAUGUCAAGGUGAAAUAGUUUUGGUGAAUUCGAAGUCCUCUGCAUGCUCUAUUUGUAGAAGUAGACGACCAAACAAUGCAUGCUCAAAAGACUUUACUUAUGAUGAACUUCUAGAAGCUACAGAAGGAUUUUCCACUGAGAACUCUCUAUCUGUAAAUGAAGAUGGACCUACUUUCCAAGGCCUUCUAGAGGGACGGGUAAAAAUUGUUGUUAAGAAAUAUCAAGUCAACACCUCCCAAGAACAGAAGAUAAUAAACUCAGAAGCAAAGCUGCUCAUCAGUGCUAGACAUAAAAAUGUGGUCAUGCUGUUGGGUUUAUGUACAAAUGAAAGCCAACUGAUGGUUGUAUUUGAGAAAGUAUGCAACGGUUCACUUGACCAGUACCUAACAAGGGGAAGUUUCGAGUCAUUGACUUGGAAGCAAAGGCUGAAAGUAAUAAUGGGUACUGCCAGAGGUUUAAAGUACCUACAUGGGAAAGACAUAAUCCAUGGAAAUAUAAAACCAAGUAAUAUUCUUCUAACACACGAGUUUGACCCAAUGAUUGGAGAUUUCCACUUCGGACAACAGAAAGUUGGACCAAAGAAAUCCAGAAAAGAUAAAAGUGUAAGAAAUUCUGGAUAUGCAGCACCUGAGUAUCUGGAAAAUGGAAAACUAUCUUACAAGACAGAUGUAUAUUCCUUUGGAGUGGUUCUUUUGGAGCUGAUCAGUGGCCGGAGGGCUGCGGACAAAUUACCAGAUGGAAAAAGCCUAGUUAACUGGGCCAGGCCCCUACUGACAGGAAAGAAGUACCACAUUUUGUUGGAUGGGAAAAUCAGUAACUCUUGUGAAGAAGAAAAGCUAGUAUGGUUGGUCCAAGUAACAGAACAAUGUCUCAAAAAGAAUCCUAAUGAUAGAUAUUCGAUGAAUGUGGUCCUAUCUUCCUUACAAGACAUAGAAGAAUCAACUGAGUGUUGUGUAAUUCAAGAUUCUUCUCCAGAAAAGUCAUAUUCAAAUGGUCUCCCCACGAGUAGUACACAAGGUCAAAUGAAGGCCGAUCUAGGGAAGAAACAGGAACAAGAAUUGAUCCACAGAAACCAAUACAAGGAAGAAAGCAGUCCAAGAUUGACAGUCAAAACCAAUCACAUGAAAGGUCAUAGAAAUGAAGAUCAAAUGAUACAGGGGGAAGAAGAUGUGCAGAGGAGUCCUUAUGAGGAGAUGUUCGGGGUAAGACCUAUCAGCAAUGGCAUGAUUGAUCAGAUAAACCCUGUACAACAAUUCCAGGAAAAACUGCACAUUAAGGGAAGCUUUGAGAUAGAAGAAAUGAGUAAAAAUGUAGAUAAACAACAAAAGGUGAGCAAGGAUAAAAAACAAAUACAGGGAAGCUGUGAUGAUAGUUUAUUGAAUGGGAUUGAAGGCAAAAUCAUUUUGGGAAAUUCAAAGUCUUAUGCUUGCUCUAUCUGCAAAAGUAGGCGACCAAACAGUAGAUUGCAAAGGAAAUAUACUUAUGAAGAGCUUCAAGCUUGUACAGAAGGAUUUUCAGUUAAGUACUCUCUAUGUGAAGGUGAAUAUGGACCUGCUUUCAGAGGCCAGCUAGAGAAUAACCAGGAAAUAGUGAUUAAGCAACAUGCGUUCACAAACUUACAGGAGCAGAAGGUGUUCAUGUCAGAAUUCCAAUUGCUUAUAAAUGCCAGACAUGAAAACGUGAUAAUGCUGUUGGGUUCAUGCAUACGAUUAAGUCAAUUGCUGAUUGUAUAUGAGAAGGCAUGCAACGGUUCUCUUGACCUGUACUUAUCAAGAGAAAGUGGUAGAACACUGACUUGGGGAGAAAGGGUGAAAGUUGCAAUAGGUGUCGCCAGAGGUCUAAACUAUCUACAUGAGAAUAAUAUAGCACAUGGAGGAAUAAAACCAAGUAACAUUCUUCUAAAUCAUGAGUUGAAACCACUGGUAGGAGACUUUGCGUUUGGAAAAGAAAGAUGUGAACUGAAAAAUCUCAAAAGACUUAAAAGAAUGAGGAAUUGUGGACGAACUGCACCAGAGUGUUGUGAGAGUGGAAUACUAUCGACUAAGGCAGAUGUAUACUCUUUUGGUAUAGUUCUUGUGGAGUUGAUCACUGGCCGUAUGAUUUCAGAAAAAGUAUCAGGAGAGAGAUGUCCCACUGAAUGUAUAAGGUCACUUCUUGAAGAACAAAAGUUUCUACAGUUGGUAGAUCCCAAAGUCAGCAGCUCCUAUGAUGAGCAAGAACUAGUUUCAUUGGUCCACGUGAUAGAAAAUUGUCUGAAAAAGAAUCCAGAAGAAAGGUUUACAAUGGAUAUGGUUGUCUCUGCACUGCCAUCUAUAGUAGAUUGCAGUGACAUAUAUGCAAAGGAAGACUUUUCACCAGAAAACUCGCAUGUUUCAGAAGUAACAAACUCAAAAGUGAAGGAGGAACCACCAAAUGAAGAAGAUUUAAGCAUAGAGAAUAGUGAAGAAAAAGGGGACAACAUAACGUACAUUGGAGGCAAUGAAACAGAAAUACGUCAAGAGUGUGACAUCAACCCAACUGGUUGUGAAAAUAGUAAGGAAACAGAAGAAAAAGAAAGCUUAAGCACCAAGAUAUGUUGGGAAGGUUGUUCAUCCUAUGGUGGAGCUAGAGAAUUUUAUCUCGAAGGGAUCAAAGAGUACACAGCAUGUGAAGAACUUUUCGGCUUUUGUGAUUUAAUUUGAGUAUUUCUUUCAACAUUAUAUGCAUCAUUUGCACAUUUCUUUUGUAACAAUAUAUGGAAUAACAAACAAAAGCAUUGAGAUUUAUACACCAACGUUUGUCUAAG